AUGGCAUUCCUGUUGGCGGUGACGCCGGCGACGGAGGACCCGGUGCUGCCAGCUCAACUGAGCAGCACCGCGAUGGAGCUUAUGCAGUGCGCCUCUAGCGAGGAUGACGACGGUCGCUACGUGUUUCGGGCCCGCCUCGGCGAGGAGGAGGAGGAGUUGGAGGAGCGCGAGCACGCGGCGUGCAAGCGGCGGCGGGUCGAGGACGUGGUCGCGGAUAGGCGGGAGGCGCUGGUGGCGGCGCUACCUUCGCCCACGCCGUCUUCCGGCUCGGAGAGGACGGUCAGCGACGACGGCGCCGGCGCCGCUGGUGCUCCCGUGGCUGCUGCGCGGGAGGCGUUCCCGUGCCACUUCUGCGGCAGGGAGUUCGGCAGCAGGAACGCGGUGCACGGCCACAUGAGGGUGCAUCAGGGGGAGGACAAGGAGAAGGCCUCGACGGGAAAGUGCCGCCGCGGCGGCCACUGCCGUGCUGUCGCCGUUGCCUUCCCCGUAUCCAACGAAGAACUGGAAGGAGGCGAGCGCGCCCUGCGACCAGAGCUCGCGCAGGUGGCGGCCGCCGUCGCAACAGCGUAUCCCGUGCCAGUUCGCGAUGAGCCCUCUCUCAACCAGGUCUUCGACGACCACCACGUGCGAGCUGCUGCGCCGAACCUGGCCGCCGGCGCCCACCACGAUGCCCCGGCUCCGCCGCAGUUGGCUCGCCCCUGGGCUCAGCUGCUUCCCGAAGCCCCACAUGGUGGACCGUACAGGUGCAAGUACGAGGGUUGCUACAAGGAGUUCGAGACGCACCAGGGUCUGGGUGGCCAUGUGGCUGGACACAUCAUCAGGGAGAAGCUGGUGGCCACCGCCGCCGCCGCCCAGGGCGGCAACGGCGACGACGCCGGCGCCAAGCCGGAGGGCAAGCACCGAUGCAAGCAGUGCGAUCGAGAGUUCCUUACGGGAGUAGCGCUCGGCGGCCACAUGAGGAAGCACUUCGACCGCAAGCUGAUCGUGAACAGGAAGAAGCAGAAGCCGCCGCCGCCGCUGCCUGGACAAGUCGCAGCUCCGGCGCCUGACCCUGCAGUCCCGGCGAUCGUCGCAGCGGCAUCGCCACCGGCGCAGUCUGAGCAGCCAAAGGUGGAGGUGGCUGAACAUGGAGCAGAGCCAGCGUCAGAGCCAACGCCCACGCCAGCUGCAGCUCCGGCGCCGGUGCCAGUGCCCGCGCCAACUAAUCGCCCUAGACGCGUGAGGAUUUUUGGCGUUGAGGUGGAGACGUCGGCAGAUGCAGAGGAACCAGACGUUUAGGUUGCUGAUUCAAUAUGUUUGAUUGAUAGUACAUAGUACACAAGUUACUUACUCAUGUGUUAGAGAGUGUUCUUCAGUACCAAAAGAAUCGAGAAGUCUAGUAGCCCAAGCUUGAACUUAACUAAGGACUUCCACUUCAAGCUUAGCUGGUAUUUUAACAAAUCAGUUUUCAUCGUGGUCGUGAAUCGGUUUUCAUAUGAGAUUUCCUCCGUUUCAAUAAAAAGUAA